GGUCAGCGUGUAGUCCACACCUGAGACCCGAAGCGGCAGGCGCAGCAAGAGUUGAAAUUCAAGCUUGUUCUCGCGCAGUGUCGCCAUGAGGGUCCAAGUCCUGGCGGGGGUGAUCCUCUGCAUCCUGGUGGCAGUGCAGGAGAGUGCUGGCACCAAUAUCCGGAAGAAGCGCAACAGCUGUGACUUGUCGGGCGGAGUAUGCAAAAGAUCUUGUCGCUCCCCGCUUCCUGAAGGGCAAUGCCCAGGAGAGCAAGUGUGCUGUAGUCAGCGCGGGAAGUUUGCGAAAGGUGGCAAUGGAAACAAUCAAGCAGGCCGAGAUGAGAAGAAAAGAGCCAACAAGAGGCCAUUUAGACAACAGAAAGACGGAGACAGCAAAAAGAUGAAGGCUAAUGACAAAAAGGACAAGCCAGAAUCGAAUAAAAAAGAAUGUCUAAACAAAAGCAAAUGAAGAGACAGAACAAGCAAAUGAAAAAAUCUGACCGAAAGGCAGAUAAACAACGACAGAAAAAAGAAGAUAAAAAACAAAAAAAGGAUAGAAUGACUCAGAAACAAAACGGUAAGCAGAAACCCAAAGAGAAAAACAACGACAAAAAGGAAAAGAUAGAAGGACGAAAGGUAGCGAAAGCGAAGCCAACUAAAACUAAAGAUCAGGAAAAGAAAUCACAAGCAGAAGGCCAGCCAUCAGGAAGGAAGCCUAUCCUAAAAGAAACCGAUGGAGAGAAGCGCAUAUGCAGGAAAACCCUUAAAGCAUGCAGAGACCAGGGGGGUAAAUGCGUCGAGACAGGAACGUGCACGACUCAGACCCUAGAAGGCGGCUGCAAGGGCUUCUCAUGCGAGUGUUGUCUUGCUACAGAUUGCUCUACAAAAACCAAGAAAAAAUGCGAGAACUAUGACGGAACCUGCAAAGCCUCGUGCGCAGCGGGAGAACGGAUCAUCGAAAAGGGCUGCAAAGGAAAGAAAUGCAAAUGCUGUGCUGAAGCCUGUAAACCAACAAAUAAAUGCAAAGGCGGUUUCUGCGUUGAAAAGGCAAAAGACUGCACUGGUAAACUUCUGAAGUCGGGAUGCAAAGGGAAGAAGUGUUUCUGCUGCCUCCCCUCCCCUUGCGUGCCGAAGAACAAAUGCAAGGGCGGUUUCUGCGUCUCGAAGAAGAAAGAGUGCAGAGGAGGCCAGUUCCUGAAGAAGGGAUGCAAGGGUAAGAAGUGCUCCUGUUGUAUCCCUAAAUGCGUGAAGAAAAAGAAAUGCAACGGUGGCUUCUGCGUCUCCAACAAGCAAGACUGCAAGGGCGUCAUACUGAGUAAUGGCUGCAAGUCUAAACCCAAAGGGGGAGAAUGUUACUGCUGCAUUGAAGAGACUACUACCCCUUCAGGAGGAACUACGCCAGCAGGAGGCACUACUCCAGCUGGUGGAACUACGCCAGCAGGAGGAACUACACCAGCAGGAGGAACUACACCAGCAGGAGGAACUACGCCAGCAGGUGGAACUACACCAGCUGAUGGAACAACCCCAGCAGGAGGAACUACACCAGCUGAUGGAACAACCCCAGCAGGAGGAAACACAACAGAAGACCAAACUACCCCGGCAGGAGGAACUACACCAGCAGGAGGUACUACACCAGCUGGUGGAACAACUCCAGCAGGAGGAAACACAACAGAAGACGGAACUACCCCGCCAGGAGGAACCACUCCGGCGGGAGGAACUACACCAGCGGGUGGAACUACACCAGCAGAUGGAACUACACCAGCAGGUGGAACUACACCAGCGGGAGGAACUACACCAGCAGAUGGAACUACACCAGCAGGUGGAACUACACCAGCAGGUGGAACUACACCAGCGGGAGGAACUACACCAGCAGGAGGAACUACACCAGCAGAUGGAACUACACCAGCAGGUGGAACUACACCAGCAGGUGGAACUACACCAGCAGGAGGAACUACACCAGCAGGAGGAACUACACCAGCAGGUGGAACUACACCAGCGGGAGGAACUACACCAGCAGGAGGAACUACACCAGCAGGAGGAACUACACCAGCUGAUGGAACAACCCCAGCAGGAGGAACUACACCAGCAGGAGGAACUACACCAGCAGGAGGAACUACACCAGCAGGAGGAACUACACCAGCAGGAGGAACUACACCAGCAGGAGGAACUACACCAGCAGGAGGAACUACACCAGCAGGAGGAACCACUCCGGCGGGAGGAACUACACCAGCAGGUGGAACUACACCAGCGGGUGGCACCACUCCACCAGGUGGAACAACCCCUUCUCCUUUACCCAGAUUAUAUGCUGCCCUUCAGAAUAAUAUUGAUCUGCUUAAUGCUAUGAACGAUUUAGCAAAAACAGUUCAAGAUUUAUUAACUUCUCUAAACAGUAUCCAGAAUGCAAACACGGGAAGAAGACACCGACGUAGUGUUAGCGACAUCGAGAGCCUCAUCAGUUUAAUAGCACAAGCGAUUACAGCUGUUGAGAGUGGUAACACGACAGCUGUGCUCUCAUUAACAGAUGAAAUAAAGACGAAGACAAGUAUCGUUUCAGAUCUUGCAGUAGCAGCUGCAAGCAAUGCAACACUCGCAAGUGAACUACAAGGAAGCGUAGGCAAUGCAGUCAGUGGGAUUAGUAACCUACAGGGAGCCAUCACAACGAAAGACAAAGAAGUCCAAAAAAACAUUGACACAAUACAGCAGGAUAUCAACCAGCUUGGGGGAACUACCGUUGAUGUAACAACUAUUGAUUUUGACGUUAUAACAGACGGCGGCAACAAUGAAGAAACUACUACCAAGGCAGAGGACACCACCACCGUGGACACGACUGAAGAAACUACACUAAUGGACACUACAACAGUCGAUACCACCUUGAUUGAUACCACAACGAUGGACACUACCAUAGUAGAUACUACAACAGUCGAUACCACCUUGAUUGAUACCACAACGAUGGACACUACCAUAGUAGAUACUACAACAGUCGAUACCACCUUGAUUGAUACCACAACGAUGGACACUACCAUAGUAGAUACUACCACUGUCGAUACCACCUUGAUUGAUACCACAACGAUGGACACUACCAUAGUAGACACUACAACAGUCGAUACCACCCUGAUUGAUACCACAACGAUGGACACUACCAUAGUAGACACUACAACGGUAGAUGUCACAAGCAUCACAGUCGAUACCACUACAGCAGACAUUACCACAACAGAAGAUACUACUGCCGUUUUUUAUAGUACCACCACCACAGGAGGUAUCAGUACAAUUGACACCACCACACCAGAUGUCAUCACAACUGACACCACCACAGAUGUCAGCACAAUUGAUAUCACCACAGAAGACGUCACUACAGUUGAUAGCACUACAGUAGACAGCACAGAAGCCCCAACCACCACGGAAGCCCCAACUACCACGGAAGCCCCAACUACCACGGAAGCCCCAACUACCACGGAAGCUCCAACUACCACGGAAGCCCCAACCACCACGGAAGCUCCAACUACCACGGAAGCCCCAACUACCACGGAAGCCCCAACUACCACGGAAGCCCCAACCACCACAUCCAGCUCUACGUCAACAAAUGGAUAAAGAAUCAACCCGUAACACAGAGGCGACAUCGACUGGACAAUGCCAUUAUCUGAAAAAGAUAAAAAGAAAAAAAAAUCAUGAAAAAAAUUAAAUUGCAGCCAAUACAGACGCCAUAUUCUUGUGAAGAAGUACACACUUCCAAAUGAAUAUAAGUUUCUGUAA